AUGGAGUCCGAAGGCAGCGAGGGAAGCACUAAAAUCAAUCCUGUUAUAUCCAAGCAGCAGCGAGUUCGCGAUAACCAACGACGGAGCCGUGCUCGACGUCGGGAAUAUAUCGCAGAGCUCGAGCACCAGUUGCAACAAUGCCGCAACACCUGUCGUGAAGCCGAUCUUCAACGGACAGCUUUCAGUGAAGUUCAAGCCGAAAAUGCUCGUUUGCGACAUCUUUUGAAGAAUGCCGGCAUCAAUCCAGAUCUGCUGGAAACUACUCUGGGAGACUCGACGCUUCACCGUCCCGGCGGCCUCACGGCAGCCGCUUUUCGAGAAUUGAGACCCAAAUUAUCCAUCCCCGAGGCCGUCAACCCUUCGGCCACAGGAAUGCAGAACCCUAUCGGUGCUGCAUCUUGUUUGACACCGUCGCCUUCGCCCUACUGCACAACACCACCGCUCGUGUCCUCUGGCAACUUCCCAUUCUACGACACUCAGUAUUGUUACGAGCUUAUGGGCUCUUCGACGGCUCCUGUAACCACAAUGUCGGCAGCAACAGCGGCGGCAAACCCCCUCGCAAGCACGUCUUGCGAGUGGUAUUUCCCGCCGCAGGGCGAAAAAGCACACGUACCCAACGACAAUACGUUUGUGCGCCAGGCGUUUCUUGUACCGUCGAGCGGGCCUCUCUGUGCCGACGACGGCAACAGCAUUUCUUGCUCGGUGGCCAAAGACAUGAUCGCACAGUACAAUCCAACGCCAGAAGAGAUGGACAACAUCGUUGCCCGGCUUUCUACGGGGUUCACCCCACCCUUGUAUCCAGGUGAGAGCUGUCGGGUCAACAGACAAGUUUUAUUUCAGAUACUCUACGAGUUGAACUCGAACCAAGUCCCGUCAUUUGCCACUGGACACAUCAUUGGCUCGGCGCAGAGCAAGUUGUGA